AAUGUAACUUGUAAGUUCACUUGUACCCUUUUGAAUACCUGUAUAUAAUACAUGCAUGGGAGUUGAAGGGGGUCUAACUAUGUAGAAAAGAGGGGGAAACUCUUGAAUCACGCUUUCCCCUUGUCAAUGUAAGAGGAUGGGCUGAGUGAGGCUGGGAAAUUGGUGUCUCAGUGACGUCUACACAGGCAUUAUUUUAUUGCGGCAGCUCUUCUCCAUAGCGCGAGCUCAAACACAAGAAGAGCUCCUGCAGGUGGAAACAUGAAACUGUAAGUGCCAUCAGUGUGACAAAGAAGCUGGAUUAUCAAAAACAUUUCUGAGAAUUGCUUUUUUUAAAUUAUAAUUAAUAUUGUUGUUGUUGCUAUGAAAAUGUAACAAAGGCUUAUAUUGUGAUGCGCGUGAAUGAUCACAUUUUGCUGAAACCCCGUCGUUGUUGGACUCCAGUAAACUUUAAAGGAUUUUUUUUUUCUCUUCUGGAGAAUUAAUAAACCAAGAAAACUAAGUGCAGAAAACCUUUUCACGACGAAGUGUCAAAAUCUCACGUUGAAGAUGAACAACCAAAACAUCAGUCAUUUAGACAGACCUGAGGGCAACAUAGACUUAGAGGCACCUGAAAAAACGUUAUUUGGCAUCGGCACCGACAACUUCGUAACGCUUCUGAUCUUUGGACUAAUUUUUACUCUAGGCGUCCUGGGAAACUCUCUAGUUAUCACUGUUCUGGCUCAACGCAAACCUGGACAGCACCGAAGCACCACCAACAUCUUCAUCCUCAACCUCAGCGUGGCAGAUCUGUCCUAUCUGCUCUUCUGCAUCCCUUUUCAGUCCACAGUUUACAUGCUGCCCACAUGGAUCCUGGGUGCCUUUAUUUGCAAGUUCAUCCACUACUUUUUCACCGUGUCCAUGUUGGUGAGCAUAUUCACUUUAUCAGCCAUGUCGGUGGACAGGUAUAUCGCCAUAGUGCACUGCAGGAAGUCCUCUUCCAUUCGAGUUGCGAGGCACGCAUUGAUCGGGGUGCUGGUCAUAUGGGUGCUCUCUUUCGCCAUGGCCACACCGGUCGCCUACUACCAGAGCAUCGUGGAAAGUGAAGACAACAGCACGUUUUGCUGGGAAGUGUGGCCAGAUCACAGCAAGAGGAAAAUCUACGUGGUGUGCACUUUUAUCUUUGGAUACGUGCUGCCGCUGAUUCUGAUAUCUUUCUGUUAUGCCAAGGUCCUGAAUCAUUUGCAUAAAAAGUUAAGAAAUGUCUCCAAAAAGUCUGAGGCAUCAAAAAAGAAGACUGCUCAGACAGUUCUGGUGGUUGUGGUGGUCUUCUGUCUGUCCUGGCUGCCUCAUCACGUGGUGCACCUGUGGGUUGAGUUUGGCUCCUUCCCCCUGAACCAGGCGUCCUUCGUGCUCCGUGUUGCGGCUCACUGUCUGGCCUACAGCAACUCGUCUGUUAAUCCUGUUAUCUAUGCGUUCCUCUCAGAGAACUUCAGGCAGGCGUAUAAGCAGGUGUUCCGCUGUCAGGUGGCUUCUGAGUGCCCUACAAAUGAGGCCAGAGAGAUGAAGAGCAAGACAGAAGCAGCACCAUCCACCAACUGCUCCACUGUCUAAUUCCUGCAGCUGUUGUCUUUGUCACUAUUUAUCAUGGCUUACAGAUGCUUACAAAUGAGCUGAGGUUGAGUUUUUGAGCCUGGGAGGAGGCAAGAAGCUACAGUACAUAGAUACUGAUUUAAAUUUAACACGGCUAGAUAUUUGAAUCGGUUAUAUGAUUGGAGGUUUGGAUGGCUGCCUUUUUAAGUGCUCCUGACAUGUUAAAAAAGCAUUUGCUGUGUGCUUACUCACGAUGAUGCAUUUCCUUGGAGCGCA